AUGAAUAUUGGCACAUGGAAUAUAACCUCACUUACUGGCAAGGAAAUUGAAUUAACUGAAGAAGCGAAAAAAUAUCAACUGGACAUACUUGGAAUUUCAUCAACGAAACGAAAAGGCAAAGGAACAUUGAGUCUGAACAAUGGAUGGCAAUUAUUUUAUUCGGGCGUCGAUCCAUCAAUACAUGCACAAGCAGGUGUAGCAAUACUCUUGCAUCCUCGUCUAGCCGAUGCCGUUCUGGAAUGGAAACCAAUCAAUGAAAGAGUCGCUCUUAUACGGCUUCAAUUAAAGAAAACAAACCUAACAAUUAUUCAAGCUUAUGCACCAAACAUCGAAGCAGACUACAUGACCUUCCUAGAUGCAGCUCUUACAGCUAUGGAAAAUGUUCCUCAAACAGAUUCUAUAUUAUUAAUUGGAGACCUCAAUGCACAUGUUGGGAACGACUCACAAACAUGGAAUGGUAUAAUUGGACGAUAUGGAGAUGAUGAUAUUAACAACCAAGGCCGACAAUUAUUAGAUUUUUGUGCAGGUGGUGGUUUAUCAAUAAUGAAUACAUUCUUUCAACACAAGAACAUCCACAAAUAUACAUGGUAUAAGACAGGAGAUCCUACGACACAACGUUCAUUAAUCGACUUCGUCAUUGUAUCCGACAACCUACGACGUACAGUGAGGAAUGUUCGGGCCAAACCUGCAGCAAAACUAGCAACAGAUCAUCACUUAGUCUUUUGUAUUUUAGAGUUAUCAUCGAAUGAAUCAAUACGAAAGAUGAAACCAAAGAAAAUUACAAGAAUAAGGUGGGAAGCAUUAGCAAAUGAAGAAAUCAGUCGAAACUACGCAAAAAUAGUUGAUCAACGAUACUCCCAACUACCACCGAGGGAGGUCGAUAGUGAAUCAGAAUGGCGUUUGUUUCGCAUGGCAUUAUUGGAGGCUGCAACGGAUACAUGUGGAACAAAGCGCGUCGGACUCCAAUAUGGACAGAAGAAAACAGGAUGGUAG